CAGCUACUACCUGUUGAGUCCCACUAUCACACUGGCUCGUUUUGGACUAACCCCUUUUAAACAUUGGGUGUUUGAGCUACAGUCUUCCAGUUGAACCAUUGGAUUUGUCUAUUCUUCUGUAUCCGCUGAUACCAACCAUUAGUAUGUGUGAUUAACAGGGGCUGAGUUAGAGCAGUGAUUGUGAGACAAGCGCAGAAGGGGUCCGAGGCGGGGUCAAGGGGCGGUUCUUCUCAUAAAAAACGUCUGUAGAGUCCGAAUGGUGAACUACAAACUAUUAUGAACCAUCUAUGAAGAGCUGAGACUCUGACGUUUUGCUCUAUGGCGCUCACAAGCUACACAACAGUCCUUAGAAGCAUCUGGCUGUGGAACCCCAGCCAUUAAGCCUGAUACUACCCGCGUGGUCAAUGGCGUGGAUGCCCGCCCCAACAGCUGGCCUUGGCAGAUCUCUCUGCAGUAUGAGAGAAAUGGUGAGUACAGACACACCUGUGGUGGAUCCCUCAUCGCUACCAACUGGGUUAUGACUGCUGCCCACUGCAUUGAUCUGAAGCUGAAUUAUCGUGUGGUUGUGGGCAAGCACAACCUGGCAGAGGCUGAGCCCAGUGCUCAGGCUUACUUCCCAGCUAAGAAAGGAAUCAUCGUGCACAGACACUAUAACCCUGUUCUCCUGUCAGUAGGCAAUGACAUCGCCAUGAUCAAACUGGCAGAGCAUGUGACUCUGAGUGACCAGGUCCAGCUGGCUUGUGUCCCCGCCCCCGGAACCAUCCUGUCCAAUAAUUACCCCUGCUACAUCACCGGCUGGGGAAGACUCACCACCGGAGGUCCCACCCCCGACACCCUCCAGCAGGCCCUGAUGCCCGUGGUGGACCACAAUACGUGUACCCAGAGCGACUGGUGGGGCGUGUCCAUUCGCAGGUCCAUGGUCUGCGCCGGCGGGGACGGAGUGGUGGGAGGCUGCAACGGUGACUCUGGUGGCCCACUGAACUGUAAGAACUCUGUGGGAGUAUGGGAGGUGCAUGGCAUUGCUAGCUUCGUCUCCGGCCAGGGCUGCAACUACAUCAAGAAACCCACCGUCUUCACCCGCGUCUCCGACUACAAUGAGUGGAUUGAUGAGACCAUGAUGGACAACUAAGACGUGUCUGUGUGCUCUUCAAAUAAAGACCUAUAAAUACAUGA